AUGUAAAAAUGUUUUGGAUCAUCUAAUGAUCAUUGCACAUAGUAAAAAUUCCAGUAACAAAUUAUUGUUUAAAUAAAUUAGUUUAAAUAUAUGGUUGAUAAGCAAAUUGAUAAUAGCUGAUAAAGUUCAGAAAAAAGGUGAUGCUUGUGAUUGCCAAGAAGUAUAUUAUUUUAACGAUUCUGGUUUUAAUUCCAAUUUGUGCCAUUAAAAAUGUUAUAACUUAUUUCUCAUCAUUUGA